AUGGCGGUUCCCUGUCCAUCUUACUUUACAAGCGGCUCAACUUGGGGACAGCCCAAGGGGAGUCUGUCUGCCCUCAAAGGUGGUUUCAUCAACUACCUUGCCGCCAAGCAGAAAGAGCUCGGUCUGGAUAGCUCGACAGUGGUCCUGGGUACAGCAAAGCUCCCAGGAUUCGACAUGGGCCUCGCACGGACUCUCAAUGCUAUUAUGAACGGUGGCGGCUUGUCAUUGUACCUCCAGGAAAUUCAGAAGGGAUUCGCUACUCCAUCCGAGUACCUUGUCGUGCUCCAGCACGGUCGCAAAUACCUCCAUGACUACACUGGCUGGCGGCACGCGUUGUCACAGGUGGUGGGCCUUUCACGGACCAGCUCAAACGGGAGUUCGGCUCUCGACUGGGAGCGAACUGCCCUGUGGUGCAGGGACUCCUACGGUGUGACGGAGAUAUCCGCGUGUACGACGUUUGAGACGAUGUCUGCAUCACAACUUGAAGAAGCACGCAGCGUUGGAAGAACAAUCGCAAACACCCUCUCUCAUCUCGCCAGCAAUCUUCCCUUGCCACAGUACAUGCACCCUGCAGCGGUCAUCUGUCUGAACGAAGGCUACCCCGAAAUGCAGAAUGGAAAGAUUGAUCAAAAAACAGAUAGAGCCAUGCCAUGGACGGCGCAAUCACCAGCCGGCCGAACCUGCAAAACGACUAACUUGGACGAAGGUGAGCUCAAGCUUCUUUGGCAGAAUCUCCUUCCUGGUAAAGCAAAUCAGCCUGAGUCUGACUUUUUUUUCCUCCUUGGGGAAAUUCUCUACUGCUGGUCAAGGUGCAAAGGCGCUAUCCGCACCUCCAUCGGCGUUUCGCUCACGCUUCGGGAGCUGUACGGUGCCAGUACACUGGCACUGAUGGCGCUCAAAGUCAAGGGCGAAAAGCCGAAGCACCUUCAACGUCGAUCAACUGGCUGGCGGAAACAGCAAUACCGCAGAAUAUCCUCGAGCAUGUUCUCGUCAGAUGCCCGAAGUGCACGGGUGCAUUGCAUCGCCGUGGAAAAGGAGCAAGAACACGUGCUGCCCACCAGUGACAAAAUAUCCCUGUAUUACGGCACCCUUCUUGAUCAAUGCUCGCCCGACCUUGGCUCUACCAUCGCCUUGCCCAAUUUGCCCUCAGUCCCAGAUUCCGCUACUAUAUAUCUCUUCGGGGCGGUCAUUUCUCCAGUCCGGAAAAGACAUCCCUCGGCCCGUCUCCGUGUCUAUGCACCCUCCCUCCCUCGACUGGGUCCGACGGCCUCACCGCAACAAAAUGGGCAAGCGAGGUGUUCCUCGAGCGUUUCACCGAGCAGACCGGUGCAAACAUCGGUAUCCACCGCCCCUGCACGCCAAUCGGCGAUAAAGCUCCUGCCUCCUGACGCACUGAACUCUCUCACUACGCUUCUCUGCCACUCUCGGUACGACACCCGCCUGACAAGAAUGGAGGGAUACUUGGAUUUUCAGAAAGUAGAGAUCGUCGCUGAGGAAAUCGCCACCCUAGUGACCUCAAGGUUCACCAGACCCUCCACUCCUCAAUCGUUUACAACAUCCGGGUGUCCUUUUUUUCCAUCCUCCAGCAAGGUCAAGAUUCCCGUGAAGAGCUUCAGAGAAUACAUGGAGAAAGUACACGGUCGACCGUUCCAAGAGCUCAAUUUGCGGGAUUGGAGCUCUCUGGCACUGGAACGAGGCAUUGAACCCCUUAUUCCGAGCUUUUUGGAAGCCGUGGACGACAACCAGGACACAGUGCGAUAUCCGUAUCUGGGUGAAUGA